ACAAUCUGAACUAUAUUAAAACUUUUAUCACAUAAUUUCUGUGCUGAGAAGCUGAGAAGUAUCCCAGGAAAAAAACCAAAGUGUUGUGGUAGAUCAGGAUGAUUCCCGAUAGUUCAGAUGUGAUGAGGGAAACGUGUUUGGAGAAUCCCAUGUUGGUGCAAAUACACUACGCGUUUUCCCCUUCCAUUUCCUUGCCUAUAUCUUUGGAAGUAUUUCUCUCCUUUUUUGUGUGUUACAAAUACAUUCACUGACAAUUUGCGUCAGCCUGAUUUGAAUCUCGAGGUGGCUGCCUCGUGGCAGAGCAUUUUCUUGCCCAGGAGGUGAAGCUGUAAGCGGUUACGGAGCCUCAGUGCUGACAAACACCUCCUGCUGCCAGAGAGAGCUGUGUGGGCUGGUGUCCGAGGGAAGAACCCCGAAUCCCAAUGGAGUUCUCAUGAGUUUGAUGGGGAGAAACUGCCCUGUUAUUCAGAAGGGUCUAUCCCACAGUCGUAUUUGAUAACUAGGAAAAAAAAUAGGCUUUUUUUCCCCUUUAUUUACUUACGGUGGGAUUUGAGGGAGCACCAGUCAUCCGUCCUUCAUCCAGCUCCCAGCACCUGUAUCCCAGGCCCUGUGUCUAAAUGGGAUUGCAGCCUGCAGGAGCAAGGCAGGAGCAGCAGGGGGAGAGCGUGGCAAGGAGGAAUACAGAAGGUGGACCAGCACCAUUAUUAGAAUGGAUAGCUAAAAUGGAUAGGUGCAGGCCGUGUAUGCCAAAUGUGGCUUGGACUAGGGAAUAAACUGUGCGUAGAAAUGAAGUAACAGAUAAACAUGGAGGAGGAGGAAGGCGGGAAGCAAAAUGCAUGUCAGAUACACUGCCUGGGAGACAAGGGAGAGAGGAUGCUGUGCUUAAUGGCUGGAGGAAGAGCCAGUAGAGCUGGGUUUUGUGCUUCAGUUUGCCACAGGCCUUGAGAGACCUUGGGAAAACGAUUUAAAAAUUUGAUUAAUAAUUGCUAGUUUAAUUUUCACACCUCUUUUCUGUCUCACUACUUAAAUUUCAGGCAUCUAAGGGUGGGACUAUGGUAUUUUAUAGAACAGAGUAGCUCAUGACUUCAUUGGAACUUAGCGAUGCUACCGUGAUGUGAAUCAUGCAUUGCAAUGAUGCAACAUAGUAGUAACAGUUGAAAUACAUUGCCUUCCUUCUGUAAAGACGUGCUGAUGAGCUCGGGGGUGAUGGAGGCUCUUUUCAGUUGCUGCGCUUGGCGUGAAGCUGCUCACCCAGUUUAUGACAGGAGUGUGUUAUAAAUCCAGAGACUUGUAAGGUCAGUGAGUGGUUCCAGGGCAAAUUAAUGAAGAUGUCACAUGGAGAAGAGUAAAUAAGUUACUGGAAGCUUGUGUGUUCAAGUGCAAGGCGUAGCAGUGUGAUUUGUCUGGGGGAGAAAUAGAGGACUGAUACAUUGCUGUGGUAGAAGUUUCUUCUUCUGCUAAGGUGUACAUCAGAACUCAAUGCAUCUUGGGAGUUUAUGUGAUAAUCUGGGUUUAAUGUCUGUACUUUCUCUACAGCACACCGCCUCUAUGUGAAUCACACUCCUUUCUGUACAUUCCAUAAAGGAACGUCCUUUAUGCACCAUCCAGAUUCUUCCCAGACACAGCCAUCCUUCUGCCUUCUAAUCCACCAUUCACAAUGGAUAUUUUUACCCAUCUCAGUAGAAACCUUUAUUCCUUUCAAUCUAAAGAGAAGCUAAGGCAGGAUCAGAGAUCCCCCUGCUAACUGGCUUUGACACAGGCUGCCCAGAGAGGUGCUGGUCUCCUUCUCUGAAGAUAUUCAGGACCCACCUGGAUGCUCACCUGUGUGACCAGCUGUAGGGAACCUGCAUUAGCAGGGGGUUGGACUCAGUGAUCUUGAGAAGACAAUAAUGAGAUUCAGAGAGGCUAAAUAAGGCUGUUCUCUGCUCUCCGGGCAUAUGGGCCCUGCUGCUGGUGUGCUGCGUUAGCAACAAAUUGAGCUCACCUGUAUUUGAUAAGAGCUGCAGACAACAGGUUAAAAGGGAGUGAAUGAGGCAGGGGGGGCUCUUGGUGGUUUUAGUGCUGCUGGAGGAGGAGCUGUAGUGGGAAGGAAGCAGUGAAGUAGCCUGGUAGGGAAAAGCUGGGGGGCAAGCAAGAAGCACACUUUGUUCUAUCUGCGUUGAGAUGUAGGAUGCAUCCCCACCUGAGUGGGGGAAAUGGAGUUACCUUGAUUGAGACUGUCCCUGCAGGCUCGGGCUGGCCCCAUGUGUCUCAGGACAGAGGUGGUGGAAAAAGAUGUGGACCCAGAAACAACUCUGCUAACCUAUCUACGAAGAAAACUGGGCCUAUGUGGAACCAAACUAGGCUGUGGGGAAGGUGGAUGUGGUGCUUGCACUGUUAUGAUAUCCAAGUAUGAUCCCUUCCAGAAGAAAAUUCUCCACCAUACUGCCAACGCUUGCCUCUUCCCUAUCUGUGCUCUGCACCAUGUAGCUGUAACUACUGUUGAAGGCAUAGGAAACACAAAGUCCAGGUUGCACCCAGCCCAGGAGAGAAUAGCAAAAAGUCAUGGGUCCCAAUGUGGCUUUUGCACUCCAGGCAUAGUUAUGUCCAUGUAUACGUUGCUUCGGAACAAACCCAAACCCAAAAUGGAGGACAUAGAAGAUGCUUUCCAAGGGAACUUGUGUCGGUGUACAGGAUACAGACCCAUUCUGGAGGGAUACAGGACUUUUGCUAUAGACUCGAACUGCUGUGGCGGAGUAGCCAAUGGCACUGGAUGUUGUCGUAAUAAGGGAGAAAAUAGCAUGAAUGGAGGUUGCUGUGGAGGAAAAGCCAAUGGCCCAGGGUGCUGCAUGAAUGAAAAAGAGAAUGAGACAAUGAUGUCCUCCAGCCUGUUUGAUUCUUCUCACUUCCAGCCAUUGGACCCUACACAGGAACCAAUCUUCCCACCAGAGUUAAUGACUCAAAGAAACAAGGAGCAGAAGCAGAUGUGUUUCAAAGGUGAACGUGUGAUGUGGAUCCAGCCUACAACUCUCCAGGAGCUGGUGGCACUCAAAUCCCAAUAUCCAAAUGCCAAGCUUGUUGUAGGAAACACGGAAGUGGGUAUUGAGAUGAGGUUAAAGAACAUGUUGUAUCCAGUGAUACUAGCACCAGCUUGGAUUCCUGAAAUGAAUGCUGUUCAACACACUGAAACAGGAAUCACCUUUGGUGCUGCCUGCACUUUGACCUCAGUAGAAGAGGUGCUGCGAAAAGCAGUGGCAGAGCUUCCUUCUUACAAAACCGAGAUUUUCCAGGCUGCCCUUGAACAGCUGCGGUGGUUUGCAGGGCCACAGAUCAGGAAUGUUGCAGCUCUUGGUGGGAACAUAAUGACAGCAAGCCCUAUCUCUGACUUAAAUCCUGUGUUAAUGGCAAGUGGAAGCAAACUGACUCUGAUCUCGAUAGAGGGCAAGAGGACUGUCACAAUGGAUGAGAAGUUUUUCACUGGAUACAGGAAAACUAUAGUUAAGCCUGAGGAAGUACUUCUCUCUGUUGAGAUACCCUACAGCAAGGAGGGUGAAUACUUCUCAGCUUUCAAGCAGGCUUACCGUAGGGAGGAUGAUAUUGCUAUUGUGACCUGUGGAAUGAGAGUCCUGUUCCAACAUGGCACCAGCCGAGUGCAGGAGGUCAAACUAAGCUACGGCGGAAUGGCUCCCACAACCAUCCUGGCACUAAAAACUUGCCAACAGCUCACUGGCAGAGACUGGAAUGAGAAGCUGCUGCAGGAUGCCUGCCAGUUGCUGGCAGGUGAGAUGGACCUGUCUCCUUCUGCACCUGGUGGGAUGGUGGAGUUUCGGCGCACACUCACACUCAGCUUCUUCUUCAAAUUCUACCUGACCGUCCUUCUGAAGCUGAGCAAACACCAGAAUGGCCCUAACAAUCCGUGUGAGCCUAUCCCCCCAAACUACAUCAGUGCUACAGAGCUGUUUCACAAAGAUCCCAUUGCAAACGCCCAGCUCUUCCAAGAGGUGCCCAGGGGGCAGUUGGUGGAAGAUAUGGUGGGCCGGCCUUUGGUGCACAUGUCAGCAGCCAAACAAGCAUGCGGGGAGGCCGUUUACUGUGAUGACAUCCCACACUAUGAGAAUGAGCUGUAUCUCACGCUGGUGACCAGCACCAAAGCCCACGCUAAAGUUCUUUCCGUAGAUGCAUCUGAAGCCCAGAGUGUCCCUGGGUUUGUGUGUUUUGUCUCUGCUAAGGAUGUUCCUGGCAGUAAUGUCACUGGCAUCGCUAAUGAUGAGACUGUCUUUGCUGAGGAUGUGGUCACUUGUGUCGGUCACAUCAUUGGUGCAGUCAUUGCAGACACACAGGAACAUUCCAGGAGAGCAGCUAAGGCUGUGAAGAUUAAGUAUGAGGAGCUCAAACCUAUUGUCACAAUUCAGGAAGCUAUUGAGAAACAAUCCUUCUUUAAACCUAUAAAGAGGAUUGAAAAAGGAGAUGUGAAGAAAGGAUUUGAAGAAUCUGAUCACGUUUUGGAAGGAGAGAUGUACCUUGGUGGACAGGAGCAUUUCUAUCUGGAAACUCACUGUACUUUGGCCGUACCAAAGGGGGAGGAUGGUGAGAUGGAACUCUUUGUAUCGACCCAGAACUUAAUGAAGACACAGGAGUUUACUGCUAGUGCAUUGGGAGUCCCAUCAAAUCGUAUCGUGGUUCGAGUGAAAAGAAUGGGAGGAGGAUUUGGAGGAAAAGAGACUAGGAGUACUAUUCUGACAACUGUGGUGGCUGUGGCAGCCUUCAAAACUGGCCGACCAGUAAGGUGCAUGUUGGAUCGAGAUGAGGAUAUGCUGAUAAGUGGUGGGAGACAUCCUUUCCUGGGGAGGUACAAGGUUGGCUUCAUGAAGAAUGGGAAAGUCAAGAGUUUGGAAGUGUCAUACUACAGUAAUGGGGGCAACUCUGUAGACCUCUCUCAUGGUGUUAUGGAUAGAGCCCUGUUACAUUUGGAUAACUCCUACAACAUCCCCAAUGUCAGCUGUGCCGGCUUUGUAUGCAAGACCAAUUUGUCUUCCAACACAGCCUUCCGUGGCUUUGGAGGUCCCCAAGGAAUGAUGAUUGCUGAGUGCUGGAUGAGUGACCUUGCUCGGAAGUGUGGCCUACCACCUGAGGAGGUACGGAAGAUCAACCUGUAUCAUGAAGGAGAUGUGACUCAUUUUAACCAAAAACUGGAGGGAUUUACUUUACGGAGAUGCUGGGAUGAGUGUUUGUCAAGCUCCAGCUAUCAUGCCAGGAAGAAACGAAUUGAAGAAUUCAACAAACAGAAUCGCUGGAAGAAAAGAGGGAUGUGUAUUAUUCCUACCAAAUUUGGCAUCAGCUUUACCGUCCCAUUUCUGAACCAGGCUGGAGCUCUGGUUCAUGUAUACACAGAUGGCUCUGUGUUACUUACACAUGGUGGGACUGAGAUGGGUCAAGGACUUCACACCAAAAUGAUCCAGGUUGCUAGCAGGUCACUGGGAAUCCCUACCUCCAAAAUUUACAUCAGUGAGACCAGCACAAACACUGUCCCUAAUACGUCCCCAACAGCUGCAUCUGUCAGUGCCGACAUCAAUGGAAUGGCUGUCCAUAAUGCAUGUCAGACCAUCUUAAAAAGACUUGAGCCCAUCAAACAGUCUAAUCCCAAAGGGUCCUGGGAAGACUGGAUUAAGACCGCCUAUGAGAACUGUGUUAGUCUGUCAGCCACAGGAUUUUAUAGAAUUCCUGAUGUUGGCUACAACUUUGAAAUGAAUGAAGGGAAGCCAUUCCACUACUUCAGUUACGGUGUUGCUUGCUCCGAGGUUGAGAUAGAUUGCCUGACAGGUGACCACAAGAAUAUCCGCACAGACAUUGUUAUGGAUGUUGGCACCAGUCUGAACCCAGCCAUAGAUAUAGGACAGAUAGAAGGAGCGUUUGUCCAAGGCAUUGGGCUCUUCACCAUGGAGGAGCUGCGCUACUCACCUGAAGGGAACUUGUACACACGAGGGCCUGGGAUGUACAAAAUCCCAGCCUUUGGAGACAUCCCAACAGAAUUCUAUGUGUCUCUUCUCCGUGACUGCCCCAACAGCAAGGCAAUUUAUUCAUCCAAGGCUGUGGGAGAGCCGCCUCUGUUCCUGUCUGCCUCAGUGUUUUAUGCAAUCAAAGAUGCUAUCUCCUCCGCAAGGGAAGACUCUGGCCUGACUGAACCAUUCAGGCUGGACAGCCCUGCCACCCCAGAGAGGAUCCGCAAUGCCUGUGUGGACACCUUCACGAAAAUGUGCCCUUCUGCUGAGCCAGGAACCUUUAAGCCAUGGUCUGUGCGUGUGUAAAAGGAAAGUUUGAGGAGCAAACUCUCCUCAUGAAACCAGUCUUACAAUGGAGGGACCACAAAGCACUGGGACUACAAUGGAAAAAAAAAAUCCAUGUUCAUGUGGCUCAUCUACUGUGAUUCAUAGAAUUUUCCCAUUUAAUUACUCAAUCACUGUUUCCUCCUGGAGAGGAGAUUGCUGCCAGAUUAUAGCUGUGAUUUAGAUUUGGAUGAAGAGUAAAGUGGAAGGUGAUGUUGUCCAGCUGUAGCUGAAAGUCUUACAGAUUUCAUUUAGAAUUGUUGAUGGGAGACACUCUUAUUGCCAGAUGGUAUGAAAUAGCAUGGUUAUUGUUUCAGGGUUGGUUGUUUGUUUUAAAUUGUGGGAAGAGACUUAUCACCUUGUUACUUUCUGCUGUUAUGCAGAGAAGGACUUAAGAGCAUUGACCCCAGACAGACCGUCCUCUAGUGGGGAUGGGGAAAGGCAUCCGGGGCACUGAAGGCUGGACCCUACUGUGACCCCACAGCACAACUGCUAGACAUACACCAGAGGAAAAUAAGGAACAAUAUUGGUGUUAGCUAACUGUGAUGAAUGUCUUGUGUGUAUGAUGGCAGGGGUUCAGAGGGAGACCUUAAAAUGUGACCAGUAGCUGAUUUAUCCAAAGUUACACGAGGAUUGCUUUGUCUGCAGUAAAGCUUUAAUGAAAUCUUAGUUCAUGUGCUACUUUGUCUUCUCUGACUGAAGAUAAAAAGAUGCCAAGACCUCUAGCAAGAUGUUGAUUCACUGGACGUGUUCAGCCUAUUUCCUCCACAUCUCUCCCUCAUCUCUUAAACAGCAGAGGACACCAGAGAAAGGACCUUGGAGUCAUAAAAUGUUACUGAUCAUUGUUCCCAAGGCAAUUUGUACCAGGCUGGGUGAGGGUCUGGACAAAGAUGGACAAAACUGGGGGAUGAGUUGGCUCUGGGCGUUCUCUAGGCUCAGUCUCUUCCAUUCAUGCCAUGACCUUGCCAUCUUUUCAGGACAACUCUUACUUUUGCUGAAUGUAAAGGAAUUGUGCAUGUUUUACUAAAAGCAUUGCUUGUCCAAAAAAAAGGUGCUGAUUAUGUGAUGAACUCAUGAUGUGUUUUGGGGUGAAUGCAUUAUUCAGUGUUGGAUUUAAAGGUGGGCAUUCUUCUGCACAGGUUUUGACAUUGUCAGGUUUAACACGGCAGCACAUUUUCUCUAGAUGAUGCCACAUACUGUACCUCAUGUGCAAACUUUCUCUGGCCCACAGCUCUACGAAAAUGUCCUUUUCCUUUGUUAGCACUCCUAGGGCCGUCAAUAAAUAUGAUGCAAGAGAA